GUGCUUGCUCUUUCAUCUCUUUGAUUAAUCUGUCAACCGUCCAUAUUGCAACAAUGGGUUGUGAUGGUGGAUCGAUCCCUCGCCGAGAUGAACUCGUAAAGACAAAAAAGGCAGCGGAGCGUGCUGACCCUCGUAUACAGCUGAUUGCGGCAUGGUUCUUUUGUGCACUCUCAAAGCAGCCUCUCGCAGUUCCGGUUGUUGCUUGCGCUCUGGGAAAACUAUACAAUAAGGACGCUAUAUUGGAGUUUUUACUGAACAAGGGCGGAUACGGUGACGGCGAUCUCAUUUGCAAACACAUUACGUCUUUCAAGGACGUUGUCACACUCAACUUGACACCAAACCCUGCGUUCAAAUCGAAUAGUGAUGCUGCAACCGUUUUAGGCAACAUUGACGAGCGCCCGCUUGUCUCUCGAUUCAGUUGUCCCAUUUCGGGUCGGGAGAUGAAUGGAAACUACCGAUUUUCUUACAUUGCCACCUGCGGGUGCGUGUUUUCGGACCAAGCACUCAAAGAAGUUCCCAGUUCCACCUGCUUGAAAUGCAACAAACCCUAUUCACCUGAAGAUGUCUUGCCGAUUAAUCCAACACAGGAGGACGAGAUUGCUCGGCUCCAACAGCGGAUGGAGACUUUGAAAGCUCACCGGGCAAAGGAGGCUGAGGAAAAGAAGAGGCAAAAGAAGGAAAAGAAGAAGAAGAGCAAAGGGGCUGAGGCAGAUAAAACUGAUGAGAAACCACUUCCUGCAUUGCGUAGUAGUAGUGGUAGCGAGGGAGACAGCCCAGAUACGGAUGGGGCAGCUAAAAAGCGCAAGAAGAGCAAGAAAGAGCAGGACGAAGAGGACAGAGACUUGCACGUUGUCAAAAAGAUGGCUACAACCGCGAGCAAUAUCAAUAUGCCUCUACCGGAUCUCCAGGAUCGCUCCCACCUUCCCCUGGCGCUACGAGUGCAAAGUGCUGCAAUUAAGAGCUUGUACAAAAAGAAAGAUGAGAAAGAGGAUGUAAACUUUUUGACACGAGGGACGUUUAACCGCUUUGCUGCCACCUUUUGAAAUGAAUUCAGUUUUAUGUGUUUGCCCAUUGUUCUUGUAUAUAAUUUAAUAACGUAAAAAACAAAAAGCUUGCAGCCUGAUACACACAAAAAC